CCAGCCUUUCCCUUCCUUUUGACCCUUGACAAAAAUGUAUGGUGGGGAGUAUGGUUGGGUAGGAUAGUAAAUUCAAGAAAGGCCCAAACUGUUGUGCAAACCAAGGUAUUCUUAUGUAUUUCUAGUCCUGUCUAAUAACACCUGUUGAUCAUUUUUGCAUAUGAUAAAUGGUGUUUGGAGUUGUAGUUGGAUCUCUUCCAUCUUUUUUCAGCCCAAAGCUUUCGUCUUCAUCGAAAUGGGUGCACAACCAAACUAAAUCAUUCCGGAUUUUAUCAUCUUCCUUAGCAGAUGCUAGGGGCUCGUUGGAUAAUGAUGAUGAUAAAUUGUCUAAAUUAGAUCGAAGAAAAUUGUUAGUGUCGUCUGUGGGGUUGUUAGCAGGAAGCUCUUUAGGAAAUGGAGUUGCUUUGGCAUCUAAUUUCGCCGAAAUGCCGGCCUUAAAGGGGAAGGAUUAUGGAAAAACAAAGAUGAAGUUUCCGGAUUAUGCUGAAACAAGCUCAGGACUACAAUAUAAGGACUUGAGACCAGGAAAUGGCCCAACGCCAAAGAAAGGAGACAUUGUAGUGGUUGAUUGGGAUGGCUACACAAUUGGAUAUUAUGGCCGAAUAUUUGAAGCUAGAAACAAAACCAAAGGUGGUUCCUUUGAGGGAGACGACAAGUCCUUUUACAGAUUCCGACUAGGUACCCAUGAGGUGAUCCCAGCUUUUGAGGAAGCUGUUAUGGGAAUGUCUUUGGGUGGCAUUAGAAGGAUCAUUGUGCCCCCUGACCUAGGAUACCCAGAUAAUGAUUAUAACAAGAGUGGUCCGAGACCAACAACAUUUUCGGGCCAAAGAGCACUCAGUUUCGUGCUGAAGAACCAAGGAUUGAUCGAUAAGACCCUGUUGUUUGACAUCGAGCUUUUAAACAUCAUUCCCAACUGAGGGGCAAGCACAGUUCAUUAUAGACAUCCGAGCAUACUUCUUUUGUACAAGUGAUAUAUUAAAUUACAAGACGACAACUUUUUUAUGAUCUUAUUGAACUUCCAGAAUUCCAGGGACAUGGACUUUUAGUCAAUGGAGUGGUUGCGAACUUGCAAUAUAUUAACUAUUUUUGUAACAUAUAAUCAUAUGCUAGAGCUGGUAUACCUUAAUGUUAUCUUAAUUAUUCA